AUUUUUUCAAUAUUAUUGAACAUUUCAUUCCAAUCCUACUACAACUUUUGCUAUCUUCUCUAAUCAUCUUCAUCAUCCAUCAUUUUCAUUUUGCUUCUCAUUCUCUCACAUAAAAAUAUGAAGCAUGCGUUUUUUCAUGGGGGCAGGCGCGAGUAAGAAGCAGAAGGCGGCUGAAGCUCCCUCGCCAGCCGCAGAGCCUGAACCAGGUCAGGCUUACGCUAUAGGGGCUGCGGACGAGGGGGCACAAGUGCCAGCAGGUGGAGGCGAGACAAAGAACGGCCGGCCGCAUUACAACAAUCCUAAUAGUCGAAGUAACGAUUCAACAGGAGAUCAAGAGGAAAAGUUGAGUCGCAGUGGAGGAGCGCGAAGUGGUGGGAUAUUCGAUCAUUCAGGCUCUUUUGGGCGUCGUGAAGACGAUGUAGGAGGGAGCGCGUCGGAUGAGGAAGCCGAAGUUCUGGAGUCGAUAUUGAAGGAGAGGGUACUUCUAGAAUUAGACAUAAUUUGAAGUGUGGUCCUAUGUAUUUGUAUGUAGGGGAAAGGUCAUUCCACUUAUAAUAAGUCUUUGCUUUUUCACCACGACGCUAUCUUAUCAACAGUUGACUGAGUACUAAUAAUCAGGUAGCCCAAGAUCGCAAACGCCACGAAACAAGGCCUAGGGGGAACAAGCCAAGUUCCAAUAUUCAUUCGCGGAACGGUUCAAGACAUCCUAGCCCCCUUGAAGACGGACCUGGUGGCCUAAGUCACGGCAGUGAAAACCGUGGUAUCUAUAACGGUCAGCAUCGAGCAAACAACCUAGCGCCUGACGAGGAGCCAGCGACUUCAAAACUGGUGCGAAGUAGACAAAACAGCGCGAAAGAAAGUUAUGAGGGAGUUCGUUGUACAACAAGUAGUACGUGUACGAUAAUCUUCACUGCUCAAAAGUGUCUUUGUCGUAAACUACAACUACUGCAGAGUCGUUCAUUCUGCUCUAACCUCCAACCAAACCCAGCCACCUCACAUCAAACGGAGGGGGAGGGUCCAACAUGCCAUCGCCCAAGUCGUCAGGCGGUGCCGGUAGCAUGCAAUAUGGCGGCUCCAGCUCGUCUACAGCGAAACAUCAGCCGGCUGAACAUCAUGCAAGUGGUCCGUCGCCAACCUUUGGUGGGAGUGGUGGGAGUCAAUUGAAUAGGUCCAUUACCCCGCCUCCGGGAGCAAGUCCACCACCGGGCCGCACAUCAGGGCAGUUGAACGCUUUCAUGAACGACUCAGAUGAUGACGCGCCUGCUUUUGGAGGAGGUGGGAAAAGAGGGGGGAGCAGUAGAGUUAUGAUUUUGAUUCUUCUUGCUAGUGUAACUUUAGCUACCACGCAUUGAUGAUUCUUGAAGACUCAAUCCUUUUACUUUCUCAUAUGUCGUAGUGCUAGUUAGUACCCUAUGCUUCUCCACCCCAAAUUGUAAUAAGUCGUGUUACACGUCGCUUCACCACCUUCAUUUCCCCAAGUCAGCCUCAGCCGCUUGGUCUUGUUCUCUCCGGCUUCGUGCCACAAGGCGAGAACCAGAUUGCAGUGACGAAAAACGAAGUAGUCAAAGUGAUCGACACUAGCCACGCAGAAGAAUAUGGCUGGAUAUGGUGCGAAUCGACCUCCAGACCCGGUGAGCAAGGUUGGGUGCCAAGUCACAAUUUGGAUUUGAAUUACAAGGGGAAGAGCAGAGUAUCAGAGAUAAGCCAGGGUGGUGGACCUGGAAACGGAGGAUUUUUAGCAGAUGCAGGAACGCCUCCUCAAGGAGGAGGAGACUCAGCCUCAAGCGUUGGCGGUGCAGACGACGACCCUUUGGCCCAGUGGAACGACAAAUUGGCGGAAUCUUUUGUCCUUCAUUCCAUGCGAAACUUAGUUCGAUUGGUACAAUACGUGGUGAAUUUGCUGAAUCCCUAUGGUGCGGCGACGUCCCUGCACAUCGCGUGUUGGCGAGGCUCAAUAGAUGCAGUAGAAGUAAUGAUCGAGAUAUGAAAGAAAAAAGUGCACUCACACUCAAAAAAAGUGGCUAUUUUCCUACUUAAAUCCUAGCCAAUUUCUUGAGUGUGAGUGCACUUUUUCGUUUCAUACGAGAGCGACCCUGAUUUGAUCAAGCGGUUGCACGCGACUGCGGGACAGCUCACGCCAUUGCACGUUGCAACGAUUUGCAAUUAUCCGGAGGUAGAUCAUUUUUUUCUUGCAACUUUUUGAUACGAUGACCACUAAUCAUGAGAAGUCGGGCAUUCUAGUACUGAUAUGAAGUACGAUGACUGUAAUUAUGAAGAGAAGUAGGGCAUUCUAGUACUGAUAUGAAGUACGAUGACUAAUCAUGAGAAGUAGGGCAUUCUAGUACUGAUAUGAUAAGGAAUACCGAAUUCAAUGGAAUACCGCAACAGAAUGAUUGAUAUGAAGGAAUUCCGUCCGCAACAGAAUGAUUGACAUUGUUCAAAAAUAGAUAUGAAGGAAUACGACCACAAUAGAAUGAUGAUCGAAAAAGUCUUUCCUUCACUUACCUCAUCAGGUUGUCCAGUUCCUUCUCGACGCUAAAGCGAACUGCAAUAUUCCUACUGUCCACGAACUUUCCCCUCUCCAUCUAGCUGCCUCUGCGAAUAGCGAGUUGGUUGAGAUUUUAGUGCAAGCCAGAGCCAACGUCGAUGCUGAGGAUGCCGACGGAAACACACCCUUGAUUUUUGCGUGCUGUUAUCAUCAGGUACAACUCGAUACUGAUGAUAUACCACGACAGACUUACUAGACGUGCAGCUGCUAGUUAUUGACUGCUAUUAAAAAAGUGAAAGCUGUAGUUAAUUUUUUCAGGAGAAUCAAUAUCAAGAACACUUCUGGCAAGAUCAUUUUCAUAACAUAUCCGACUACAUCUUCAUCAAGGUCCAAACAAUCGAGUACCUCGUUGAUAAGCAGGCUGAUUCUCGCAAAUGUAAUCGAUGGGACGUGUCACCCUUACAUCUAGCGGCAGCAUAUGCAGAGUUGGAUGGAUCUCUCUACAGUAUUCAACUUCUGUGCAGUACGGGAGCUGAUCCGUGGCUCAAAGAUGCUGGAAAUUUGACACCACUCCAAACGAUCAAGCGAGUUCUGAAGCGAGGUGGCAGGAAGAGCUUGUCGUCGGGGCCGGGGAGCACUGAGGCGUUGGGUACUUGUGGAGUAAAUAGUUUUUAGUGUAUUCGUAUUCCUUCGAAUUUUUAGUUGCAAAUAAGUAAUUGGCAUACAACCGCUCAUCUGAAUUGAUUGAUCUUGCUUCUAUAGGACAUUCCUCUCAACUACGAGACCCAACAUCUUUCACUUCCACAGGUCCCGUUCUGGAAUGAGAAAAAUCAUUUGAGAUGUGAUGAUGAUGAUGAUUCCUGGACCAAUUUGCUUCCCAUCUAACGUCUGCUACAGAUCCCGUUCUGGAAUUCUUAGAGCAAUUUACGUCCGUAACCAAGCUGAAACCUGCGGCGAGACAAGCCGUCCUGAAGAAACGAAGACGAGAUCGGGAAGCCAGAGAGGCCAGAGAAGCGGAUGAGGGACCAACAUCUACGUCUGGACAACGACGUAAGAGUGACGCCUUGAUCCUCCAGGACGACGAAACUGGCAAAGACGAGCAUGAUGAUGACGGAGCAACUCCUCAGAAUGUUGUCAAAGCGUCAACAAUCGCUGCUGAAUUGCAGCAAGAGAACCAGAAGCUCUCCAAUGACGCACGCGACCUUAGACGUGAAGUAGAAUCUUUGCGUUCGCAGUUGAAGCAAGCAGAAUCUUAAGGCUAGUUUCCCACUAUCUGUCUCAUGUGAACUAAGUAUGCUGAGUGCUGGAGUCCCCUAUGAUUUAAAGGGAGGGGAAUGUCUCAUGUGAACUAAGUAUGCUGAGUAGAGAAGUCCCUAUCAUGAUUUAAAGGGAGGGGAACUCAUACUCAUACUCACUCAACAGCCAGGGAUAUUAGUGAAAGACUGUACCUUUAAGAAUCAGCGACGUCUGCGAAUAAGGAUUUGGCGUCACAGAUGAGCCAGCAACGACGUGAUCAGGAACGAGAAUUCGAGAAGCGGCAGACGGAAAGGGAUAGAGAUUUCCAAAAACAAUUGAAGAAGCUGGAAGCAGAUUUGGAGGUUAUGGGACAGUUGUAGACUUCUAAAGUUUAAUUUUUUGAGAGUGGUGCAUUAUAGUACUUUUUACUGAUAUUUUUUAGUACCUGAAAGAAUCUCUUCGUGGUCUACCUCUACCUGCUCUACUAGUACCUCAAGAAAGAUACUUUAGAAGUUGUUCCACCGCUCUCCAUUUGUUCACCUUCACACUCCUCCUUCUUCUAACUUUCAAAAAGACAAGACGUGGGGCAAGAAACUGGAAGACGAGAAAGUUCGGUUGAAGAAACUGAACGAGGAAAUUACAGCGCAGCUAGUCCAAAAAACCGAGAAGAAGUCUUCUGGUGACGUCGCUGCGCUGAAUGUGAAAAUGCAAGGGUUGGAGUCUGAUCUAAGGGCCAGUAAGUCGUCUCUAGAUUCCAAACUAGCGGAAAUCACUGCGUUGAAGUCUGAUCUGUCGAAAGCCAGAGAAGAACGACAGAAGGGCGAACGAACGCUGCAGACUGACUUGGACGCAAAGAAGGAACGAGUGCGGGUGUUGGAAAGCGAACUUCGACAGCUCAAAACGACACUGGAGACGACGGAGACUUUAUGUUGCAAGUAUACCUCUCGCGCUCUCUAAAUCUAAAUGGCAGCCUUAACGCGUUACUUUAGCAACAGUGCACGUUAUAGAGCAGAAUUUUGGUAGAGCAGUACUAGAAUCCAACCAGCAUGCAUCUAUAACGCGUUGCGAAAAUAACGCGUUAAGCCUGUCAUACUCUCUCUCAAUCUUCUCAGACUCAUGCAUUUUAGUCGUAGUCCUCCACCUCCACGCAUAGCUAUAUAUUGAUUCCUCAGUGGUCUGUCAAGAACAUCUUUUACACAAAAGUCCUCCUAUACAUUGAUUCCUGAGCAGUCUGUCAAGAACGUCUUUUACACAAAACACCUUGAUUCCUGAGUCUGUCUUCAAGAACGUUUUUUAUACACAAAACACCUUCCAGCAUCCUCUUUCAUACCCCGAGCUCGAGAAUGCCAAGCAGAACCUGAAAAAUUUAGACGAAUUCACAGAGCGCGCUGAACGAGCUGAGCGAGCGUUGAGACCCCUAGAAGAGCGCAACAUCGAACUCGAAAGGAUGUUCGCUGAAGAACAGGCAAUCCGUCGAAAAUACCACAAUCAGAUCCAGGAACUGAAGGGUGCCAUUCGAGUCUACUGUCGAAUAAGUUAAGGGUAGGUUAAAGGUGCUUUUCUUGCCGCUUUUUAUGCCUCUCCUAAGGGAGAAAGGCAUAACAAGCGGGGUAAGCGAGCACCAAAAACCUACCUCUAAAUAUGACCGAGGAUCAGCAAAGAGGUCAACGCCGGAGAAGAAUGCUGGUUAGGCAAACUAGAUGAGUUCUCUACCCAUCUCAAAAGAGGGGAACGCCGUGAGGACAAGGAGUACAACUUUGAUGGCAUUUUUGACGAGAAUAACACGCAAGAGCAGGUGUUCAAGGACUGCAAGGACCUGAUCCAGAGUGCGGUGGAUGGGUUUAACAUCACGAUCUUUGCCUACGGUCAGACCGGUGCGGGCAAGACGUAUACGAUGUAUGGAGGCGAAGGGGAGCAUGGGGGCUUAGUACCCAGGACGAUCAAGGAGAUAUUUGCGAUCAAAACGAAAAACGCCAAUCGAUACGAGAUCAAGGUAAAAAUGCUUGUUUAAUGCUUCUUGUUUUCCUUAGGGGCUUGUCACAGUUUUUCAAGGAUCAUGGGAGGUGCAUACCACCCAAACCUUGAAUCUCUAAACCCAUCGCCACACAGGUAAAAUUCUACAUGCUAGAAGUUUAUCGGGAUGAGCUCCAAGAUCUGCUCUUGUUCAAAAAAAAGCCGCCAGGGCCUCUGGAGAUCAAAAGGGACAGUCGUGGGACGAUUUACAUAGAAAACGUCUCUGAGAUCGAAGUUCAAACAGCGGAUGAACUUCAAUUUAUGGUAAAACUUUGUGUCUCUUGUUUCCUUAUAUAUAAUAAUGUUUUUGACAUGAAGGUUGAAAAUGAAAUUUUCCUUCCUCUAUUCCUUACUGCACCUGGGGUCUAAUAUUCCCUGGCUCGAGAAGGGUAUGGACAAGCGCCACGUUGCUGCGACGAAGAUGAACACUGAUAGUAGCCGAUCGCACUUGAUAUGCACGAUUUUACUGGAGGUAUACAACAGAUCCAAGAAGACAACUGCUUUGGGAAAGAUCUCACUGGUGGAUUUAGCGGGAUCCGAAAGGCUGAAAAAAUCAGAAGCAAGUGGCGAAACAGCCAAAGAAGCGAUGGCGAUUAACAAGAGUCUGACAGCUUUGGGUGAUGUAAUCGAAGCGUUGACCACGAAACAGAAACACGUAAAUUUUCCUGUUUUUAACAGUUCCGAAUACAUCAUGGUAGACAAGCACAUCAACAUCAGUGAAUUGAGUCAAGCUCGUCAAGAACAAUUAAUACUUCUCUUCCACUGAUGAACCUAUUCCUAUGGAAGAUAGCUCAUCCUGACAUUGAAUCACCACCAGAUCCCUUACCGGAAUCACAAACUGACCGAGUUGAUGUCGGAUUCACUUGGCGGGAACGCUAAAACCCUUAUGUUUGCCAACUGCUCACCCGCCGCCUCCAACUCCGAAGAGUCAAUGUCUACGCUGAACUACGCUUCGCGUGCCAAGAACAUCACCAACAACGUCAGCAAACAGCAAGAAAGUAAGGAAGUCUCCAGGUUGAAGCAAGUGAUCGCCACCAUGAGCAGGGAGAUGAGCAUGCGGACGGAUCUUCAGGCGCCGGAUCAAGCCGGACUGCAGGCGGCAUUGCUGGGGACAUGAAAAUGCUGCUUCUACUUUUUAAUGUUGAGGUCCAUCUUCUUCUUCAGGAGCAGGUUGAUGACAAGACUUGAUGAAGUUACUUGUAGUUUUCGAGACGUGCAUAAUUUUGACUUUGAGUUGUACUUAGGCAACAUUUUUGAUAGAAAUAGUACCGGGCAUUCGCAUUGUAGUUCCUGAAGAAAUCAACACAGUCCUCAUAAUCCUUAUGUAUUCGCAUUUUGCAGUGGAAAAAUUGAUGCAUAGUUUCUAUGUUUUUGGAUCGAUGAAAACCAGAAGAAGAAAUGCAGCUAGCUGAGUAGAUCAUUGUUCACUCAAAGGUUCUGAAAGUGCAUGUAAAACCGCGAGUACGCACGACAUGGAGUCCCACAGGAGUACGAAGCCCAAACAUGAAUCAUACAAGAUACCCGUAUUCAAAAGCAGUUAUGAAAUUAACCUCCACCUCAAAGAUGACUACCUCUACCUCUACCGCUACAGAUUCUCCUGCGACCCGUUUGUCAUAACGAAACUACCAAUAGAUGAAAAACAAAAAUCAUUAAAGCCUAACAUCGACCCCUCCAGUGCCGCGACGAGCAGAGUCAGACUAAGAGUUCGAUGAAUAUAUAUAGACGAAUUGAAAUAGGUACCUGAUCAACACGGGCAUAAAAGUGAACAUUUUUCCCAGUAGGUAGCUUCAGGCGCAGUAGACAUAUUAUCUUCCCAAGUAACUCUUUCAAGCAAUAUAACACCAAACAGUUCACUCAUUGUGUGAUUAUCAAGGCAAGUAGAGCAGCAAAACGAUUUUUCAUGAAAGGCCAAUAAAAAACUGGAUAGCAAUUACUGAUACUGAGCAGAUAGAUAACGAUAACAAAGAUGCUGACGCACUACUGAUCGCUUUUUUUUAUCAGAUUGAUGAAGGUCAAGUCCUGAAGACGAACCCUCCCCAUAGUUUUUUGAUCAUAGAAAAGAAAAGUGCACAUAUUCGUCAGUUCGUUGUAUGCGAC